GCGCAAGCGAGCCACAAGAGCAUCGGUUCAAAUGCGCGAAAGGUAGCAAGGCCAGGCCUGUCACCCUCGCCGGCCCUUCUCGAGACGAUGAAACAACCACCAUCGUCUUCUUCCGCCUACGUCUGCAUUUAUUGCAUGGUCUUCCCAAUCAAGUGGCCAUAUAUCACCACCUUGAGCUCGGUCAGGAGCCACCACACCGAAUCGAAAGGGCACCUCGCCGAGGAGGUGUGUGAGCACUAUGUGCGCUGCCCACAGCCUGAUUAUUUCCUUCGGCUUGCCGUGGCCGCAGCUUCUUUCGGCUCAAAUACCGCACUGGAAGAGCACGUAUGCAGAGCGGCACUCAUUCACGCAGAUCCCAAUAAACGGCCCGCUGCACCUAUAGAUCACCUCGGCUAUUCAUCGUUUUCUCAAAUCAGCAGGAGGCCCGAUGUUCGAUUGCGUUCUGUGCGCAUCGUCGAACCCGGUGUAAGUGUGUCCCGAUGAUUGCAACCCCAUCUUGACCAAUGGUACCGCGAAAGAGAUCGCGAUGAAACGAUCGGAUGGAGCAGGCUGAUCUCGGCAUGCGGAGGUGCAAGAAGCUAGCCCUGGUGAUAUAAUUCACUUUGGCUUCCUCAGCGUUCCUCAUUUGUGAUCAGCACACACGCCUGCGAAUUUUGGAAGUUCCAUGGUCGCAGCUUGUUGAGAGGAUAGGUUGCUCGCUAUGAAGUGCGGUCACUGCCAGCUCUCACGUAUGCGACCAAAUUCCGCGUUCCAGAAUCAGACCGUCCCCACCCCUGCUGCCGUGCACCAUAUCCUGCAUCCUCGACCACAAUCUUGACCGCCCUCGCUCUGCUGCCCAACUCAUCCUUACGAAGGGGCCGGCGGAACCGAUCGGCUGCGCCAGUGCUCGCCUCCUUUGCAUGACUGCACCUCUUGCAGGGUGAAUCUGCGGUGCUGUCUGCAUAGCGACAUUUCUUACGCCUGAUGCGCGUCUCCAGCUUGCAAGGGUGAUAUGUCUGUCUUCCUCGACGACAUACGUUGUUGGUACCUCUGGUUGGGAACAUCAUCAAUCGCAAGGACGGAUGCUUGCGAACGUCAUCAAUCGCAAGGAUGGAGACACGUUUCGAACUCGCGAGAACGCGCAUCCCUCAUUGGGCAUCAAUGCCGAUCGACAACCAUGUUAAGCCACGUCGCGCUCCCGGAAGGAGGGCUGGAAAGCUCACGCCGCAAGCAGAGUCGGUCUCGGUGCAACAAAGUGGCUGUCCAACAUUCACUGUUCGCUCGGGGACAGUCUGCACUGUGCGCUGCCAAAGGCACACAAGGCACACAUUGGUGGUUGCGACUGCGUAGCCGCGGAGCCGGUACGACAGCUGCAUGGUGAUGGCGUUCGCGUAGUCGCCGCCCCUCGUCAGCGCGCCGCGGUGACGUAGGAUUGCGCGGAGUUUGCGUGCCAUCCUUUUCCAGCAUGCGCCAGGCCGUUGCAAGGCCAAAGCGAUAUUUACGCCUACCGAAGUUGCGCGAAACCUUUAGCAUCAUCCAACACUUACGACCUGAAAUCCGGGGCGAUAUACUGGACGAUCCAUCGAGUAAGCACGCAUUACGUGUGUGAACACCGGUCCGCCGUCGCUAUGCAACUUCCGCGCGCAGAAGCGCAACGGAAGAGAAAAACGCCGACUGCGAUGCCACCCACGUAACUUACGAUCACUGCCGUCGAGCAAGCGACCGUCGAUGGAAAGCGUCUCAUGUCUUCGUGCACCUUGGUUGACAGUCACUCCGACGCCAAUGCGUUCGUACGUGCUCAAGGACACCUCGGUUCAGCAGGCCGGUCGCCCCUGUCGAUAUUUUUCUUCGGGCAUCAGCCACGCGCGGCUGGUGGUGCAGUCGACCUGCGCCCGUCUUCUGCUUGCGAUGCUCCCUGAGCAUGCAACUAGCGACCACCGCAGCAGUGCUCAGCACGUCCAGGAUGCGGACGAGGUAUCCGCUGAAGUCGCAAGUGAAAAGGUACAAAUACUUGCCCCGACCACCCUCCCUUUUGCUCGUUGUUCGUCAUCAGCACCAAGUCGUGCACAACGCUCUCUAGACUCAAUACAUCGAUAGUUCUCGGUCUCUACUCGCCCAAC